GAAUGGAUUUUAGGGCCGCUUGUAUCACGAUAUAAACAGACAAAAAUGACAAACACGUGUACAAGUUUGAUGAAAUUACAUAUGUUGUGUUACGUUUGUCUUGUGAUAAUUUUCGCCGCAAAAUCGGAUGCCGUCAAUUCCAUUACUGCAUCUGAGAUAAAAAGAGAGGUUGAAGUCAAUAAAUAUGUACUAGUUUUAUUCAUGAAUGGAAACAGUGAGACCAAUAGAGCAGCAGAAGAGGUUCUUUCAAAGAUAGAAACACCUGACUUGUAUGAUCAAGAGGUGGUUCGAGUGACAUGCAGAGACAGGAAUCUAGCGGCCUCUCUAGGAGUGAUCUCCUACCCCCAGCUGAUGUUUUACAGGAGUCAGGUACCCGCUAUGUAUGAUGGUGAACUUGCUGCUCCUGCUGUACAGAGUUGGCUAGAGCAGGCAAGGGAGGUAAAUCUGCAGACACUGGAUGACACGUCAUUUGAACACCUGACCCAAGCAUCAACUGGAGCUACCACUGGGGACUGGCUGGUUAUGUUCUACAAGGACUCCUGUCCGGAGUAUUUACCUGCCUUGGAAGGUGCCGGAGUUCUAAUCCGACAGAAGACGAAUGUAGCCAAAGUCAAUGUAGAGGAAAGUCCAGAAACGGCUGAGAGAUUCCACGUCCAGGAUUGUCCUACGACCUACUUAUUUCAUCAUGGGAAAAUGUAUGGUUAUAUUUCUCAGACGUCAUCAGAAGUUUACAGAGUUAAGUCCCUUGUGUCAUUCGCCACGUCUUGGUACAAAAAUGUAGAGGGAGCCAGGGUUCCAGCGAUACCUACCGCGUUUGACAAACUGACAGAAUCAAUAGCGAACUAUUUGAAGAAGAACUUGCAGUCCCCGGAAGGUGGUAACUUCCUGUUGAUAGGGGGCACUGUAUUGGCCGUCAUAGCUUUUAUUGUGGCUGUAGUCGUGGCAACAUGCUCCAGGAAUGCCAAGAAAACCGUUAAAGAGGAUUAACCAGUAACGAGGAUUAACUGGUAAAGGGGAUUAACUGGUAAUAAGGAUUAACCAGUAACGAGGAUUAACCAGUAACGAGGAUUAACUGGGCAUUUUUACUAUAAUCUGUAGACAUUGGUUACAUAUGGCGUGUAUGGCUGACGUAGGGCAAUAAAUUUGUGCAAUAUACAUAGCGCAUGGUACAUGAGACCGAUUUCAGAUAGUAUAAAUCUUAUUAUGUUAUGUUACUUAUUUAAUUGUUUGGAGGAGGCACUAAGUUUGAAACAUUCCUGAGUUACAUUAAUUAAAGAGGUGUAAAUUGACUGUCAUAACAUGUUUUGGUAUUAAUAUAAUAGAGAAAUCAA